AUGGCCACGGCGGCUUCUAACCCCUACCUGCCGGGGAACAGCCUGCUGGCGGCCGGCUCCAUUGUACACUCGGACGCGGCGGGAGCCGGCGGCGGCGGGGGCGGCGGCGGCGGGGGCGGCGGCGGCGGCGCGGGCGGCGGCGGGGGCGGCAUGCAGCCCGGCAGCGCCGCCGUGACCUCAGGCGCCUACCGAGGGGACCCGUCCUCCGUCAAGAUGGUCCAGAGCGACUUCAUGCAGGGGGCCAUGGCCGCCAGCAACGGCGGCCAUAUGCUAAGCCACGCGCAUCAGUGGGUCACGGCCCUACCCCACGCCGCCGCCGCCGCCGCCGCCGCUGCCGCCGCCGCCGUGGAGGCCAGCUCGCCGUGGUCCGGCAGCGCCGUGGGCAUGGCCGGCAGCCCCCAGCAGCCGCCGCAGCCGCCGCCGCCGCCGCCGCCGCAGGGCCCCGACGUGAAGGGCGGCUCCGGUCGCGACGACCUGCACGCGGGCACCGCGCUGCACCACCGCGGGCCGCCGCACCUCGGGCCCCCGCCGCCGCCCCCGCACCAGGGCCACCCGGGGGGCUGGGGGGCCGCCGCCGCCGCAGCCGCCGCCGCCGCCGCCGCCGCAGCCGCCGCACACCUCCCGUCCAUGGCCGGGGGCCAGCAGCCGCCGCCGCAGAGUCUGCUCUACUCGCAGCCCGGGGGCUUCACGGUGAACGGCAUGCUGAGCGCGCCCCCGGGCCCGGGCGGCGGCGGCGGCGGCGCGGGCGGCGGCGCCCAGAGCCUGGUGCACCCGGGGCUGGUGCGCGGGGACACGCCCGAGCUGGCCGAGCACCACCACCACCACCACCACCACGGGCACCCGCACCCGCCGCACCCGCACCACGCGCAGGGGCCUCCGCACCACGGCGGCGGCGGCGCGGGGCCCGGGCUCAACAGUCACGACCCGCACUCGGACGAGGACACACCGACGUCGGACGACCUGGAGCAGUUCGCCAAGCAGUUCAAGCAGCGGCGCAUUAAACUCGGCUUCACGCAGGCCGACGUGGGGCUGGCUCUGGGCACGCUGUACGGCAACGUGUUCUCGCAAACCACCAUCUGCCGCUUCGAGGCCCUGCAGCUGAGCUUCAAGAACAUGUGCAAGCUCAAGCCGCUGCUGAACAAGUGGCUGGAGGAGGCGGACUCGAGCACCGGCAGCCCCACGAGCAUCGACAAGAUCGCGGCGCAGGGCCGCAAGCGCAAGAAGCGGACCUCCAUAGAGGUGAGCGUCAAGGGCGCGCUCGAGAGCCACUUCCUCAAGUGCCCCAAGCCCUCCGCGCAGGAGAUCACCAACCUGGCCGACAGCCUGCAGCUGGAGAAGGAGGUGGUGCGGGUCUGGUUCUGCAACCGGCGCCAAAAGGAGAAGCGCAUGACGCCGCCCGGGAUCCAACAGCAGACGCCCGACGACGUCUACUCGCAGGUGGGCACCGUGAGCGCCGACACGCCGCCGCCGCACCACGGACUGCAGACGAGCGUGCAGUGA